AUGGGGAAGGAUGAUGAUGCGAAGGUGAGUGAGGAUAUUUUAGAGGAAAUUUGGAAUUCUAGAUAUUCUGAAUGGAAAUCUGGAAUUUCAGGAGGGAUUUUGAGAGGAAAUUUGAAGUUUUCCGAAGUUUUCGAAAACUUCGGCGUAGAAUUUGAAAUUUAAAAUGUAGCCUUUGCGGAAGCCCUUGAUGCUUUGCCUAAAAAUGUUUAAUCUCGACUGAAAUUUUCUGAUUUUUGGUUGGAAAUAUACAAAAAAUGGGAUCUGAUGGUUUUUUUCUAGAAAGAUUCGAAACUUCUCAAUUUCAAUAAGUUGUGCUGAAAACCUUUAUGUAAAUGAAAAAAUUAUAAAAAUCUUGAAGAGCUGACACAAAAAAAUCUGACAUUCCAGAUUUUUCUCAGAAAUCUGCUAAAGAACUGGAUUUCAGUCUAGUUAUUCAUUUUCCCUGCUCAAAUCACAAUUUGAAUUGCUAUUUCCAAAAAUCCCAGACCCCCAAAAUUUUCAAAAUUCCCUCGCAAUCAAACGUUCGGAUUACUGUACAUGCACAUCUAAGUGUUUCGUUGACGAUACGAGUAAAGUGUUGUAACUUGGUGUCUAGAGUUAAGAAGAAGGAAAACUGGUGAUCCCAAUUGUACUGCAUAAUUAGUCGGUUGAUAUUCUCAAAAUCGGCUUUGAAAUAGUUCAUACGAGUUGAUGGAGCUUUAUUAUUGAUUUUAUCAGGCUUGGGACAAGAGAUACAAAUUUGAAACCAGAUACAAAUUUGAAACCCUUUACAGAUACAAAUUUGAAACCCUUUUUUGACUUUAAAAUUUUUUCAAUUAAAAUUUGGUCAUUUUUAGAGAUGCGCUAAAAAGGAAAUUCCGGUUUUUUUGCUGAAAAAUUGCGGAGCAUCCUAACCCCCGAUUUUGCAGACUCGAAACAAAUCCUCAAACGAUCCAACUCUCAAACAAUACAAUCAGAAAGCGAUCCGGAUGCAGAAGAAAAAAGCCCGAGUCCAAUCCAAAAGCCCGCCAAAAAAACACCAAAACGCUCAAAAGUUGAAUCGGAAAGCGAAGGAGACGAAAAAAGUGCAAGCCCAAUCAAAAAAUCGACGCAAAGAACACCGAAACGUCAAAAAGUUGUGCUUUCUUCUUCAAGUUCUGAUGAUGAUUCGGAAAGUGAUGAUGAAGAUUUCGAAUUGGACGAGAAACAUCAGAAAGGCGGAAAAGGAGGAGAAGAUGAGAGUUUUGAUGAGAGUUCGACAGAUACUGGAGAUGAUAGUGAAGAUGAUUCGGAUGUUGAAAUGGGAUCAGAAGAAGAUGGAAGUGGAAGUGGAGAAGAAUCUGAUAUCAGUGAAGUUUCGCCAGUCAAUACGCCUGUUAUUAAGAGGGUGAGGAACUGGGUGGAAAAUGAGCAACUCAGGUGGAAAAUCAUGAUCUUUGAACUUAACGAGGAAUAGUUCCCAAAAUUCCCCCUGGAAAAAAGGAUUUGAUGGGCGGAACUUUUAGUAUUUGGGGAGGUAUGAAAAAUCCCAAAGGGAUUUUGCAUGUAAAAAUUUUGUUUCCAGAUUUCCUGGGAAUUGGGACCUAUUUUUGAGGAAUUUUUGAGAUUUCUAGAACAUCUGGGGACCCGGAGACCUAUAGAUUUCAACAUGUUUCUAUACGUAACUUUACGCGUAGAGUUCGAAAAUCGACACUAGAACGCUAGACACUUUCUCUAAAAAACAUUUCGAAAAUUUUUUUUGACUUUUUUCGAAACUUUCAAAAUUAAAAAAUUUCAAGUGUUCUAGUGUCGAUUUUCAAACUCUGAUUUUUCCCACCUAAAAUUGAGAAAAAAUAAAAAUCGUGGUUUCUAAAAUAAAAAAUUGUACGCUAUUUUUUUCAGUUGUGAAUUUAUCAGUUUUUGACUUCUAAAAACUGAAAUUCAGAUUUUUUUCUAAAUUUUACUCUUUUCUCAGCUUAAUAACUGAAAAAUGUUGAAAAAUAGGAAAUGCGCUCUACUGCACAAUAGGAGUUUUGCAUUAAAAUUCAAAUUUUCAGCUGAAUCCUCAAGUCACAAAGACUUGCAAUCUUCGCUGCCAAGUUUCUUCCCCCCAAAAAAAUUAAUCUGACACGUCAUAACUAAAUUAUUUCCAUUUCCAGAAACGCGCCGCCGCCAUUGCAGCUCUUUCAAAUCGCCCAAAACCCACUUUGGAUUCUUUGCCACAAAUUGAAAUGGGCUCAGUUUCACAGAAAAUGGACGAGAUUCUAAGCAGCAAAAAACGAGCGGAUUCUUUUGCCAAAAAAUUGGAUGAAAAUCAGUCAAAAAAAGAUGAUGAUGAUGAAGAAGUUGAACGUUUUGAUCAUGAAAGUUUUGAAUUUAUCAAGCCGGAAAAAAUUAAAGAUGUGGAAAAAAGAGGGAUAAAUGAUUCGGAUUAUGACCCGAAAACUUUGUGGGUCCCGUCUGGAUUUUUGGAAAAACAAACACCUGGACAUCGACAAUGGUGGCUUAUCAAAUCACAACAUUUCGACACGAUUAUUUUGUUCAAAGUUGGCAAAUUUUAUGAGACUUAUCAUAUGGAUGCGGUUGAAGUUGUGCGAACUUUGAAUAUUGCAUUUAUGCGCGGAAGUUAUGCGCAUGCCGGAUUUCCGGAACAUGCCGCAUCCAAGUUUGCUGAUCAAUUGAUGAGUCAUGGAUAUAAAGUGGCGAGGGUUGAGCAGACUGAAACACCGCAACAAUUGGAGGAGAGAAAUUGUGGAUUGGCGGGUGCGAAGAAGGAUAAAGUUGUUAAGAGGUGGGUGAAAUAAGGGGGAAAGGGUGAUGGGAGAAGCGCUGACAAGGGAACCUCUUCAGCUCGCAGUCGAGUUUUCCGCUGAAAAAUUUUUUGGGGGGCACAAAGGAACUGUUUCAGCUUUCACUCUAGAUUUUUAAUAAAAUAUGUUUUCUAGUAAUUAUGGACACGCUGUUCACGAUUGCGCCGUCUAAAAUUGCAAAACUCAACUCCUAACAUGAAUUAUGACGUGUAAAAAUUCAAAAAAUCGGGAAUUCUGACCUUCCGAAGUCCUGAUGUAUUAAAAUAAAUUUUUGAACUUUGACACGUCAAAACUCAUGUUAGGAGUUGAGUUUUGCAAUUUUAGACGGCGCAAUCGUGAACAGCGUGUCGAAAACGACUAGAAAACUUAUAUUUUAUUUGAAAAUCUAGAGUGAAAGCUGAAAUAGUUGCCUUGUUAGUUAUUCUUGAAAAUCCACAUGGCAACCAACUUUCAAAUCAAAAUUCUAAAUGCCCCGAAAUUUAACAUUUUUCAAAAUUUUCAGAGAAGUUUGUCGUGUCACAUGUAAUGCGACUCGAACCUAUGGAAUUUUGGAUGGAGUUGACUUGGGAAGUUCGACUGAAGCACUGGAUCCAACUGCGAAAUAUUUACUGGCAAUCAAGGAAGUUCAGGUAACUCUUGAGCUGGAAAUUGGAACAUUUUUUCAAUCAGGGAUCAGAAAUGUUGACAUUUCUGAAUUUGAUUAAACUGGAAUUUAAUUCAUAGAUUUAUCUCAUGAAAAAACUGUUUGGAAAUUGUUGCAUAUUUUUUCUGAAAAAUCUCACGGUUUCAGAAAGUUGUCAUCAUAUUUUUCGUUGAUGUUGUUUUAAUUUAAAAUAUGCAUAUGCAAUUAUCUUCUUCCAGAAUCCCGAAUCUGGCAAAUCAUUGUAUGGUGUUUGUUUGAUUGACACAACAACUGCCAAAAUUAAAAUUGGCCAAUUUGAAGACGACGAUUAUCGAUCGAAUUUGCGAACACUUUUAGCCAAUCUGGUUGUUGUUCAAGUUUUGGUUGAGAAAAAUGCGAUUUCAACAAGCACAAAAUCGAUUUUGACUGGCAUUUUGUGCGCGGUUCCAAUUGAAUAUUUGUUGUCUAAAAAACAAUUUUUGGCCGCUGAGGAUUUGGUGAAAAUUGUGAGUUUUUGGGGAGAGGCUGAAAUUCAGAAAAUUUCGAAUUUAUGAAAUUCCCAAACAUGAAAAAGUAUUUCAAAGAAGUUUUUUGAAUCCAUACAUCUUUGGUGCGAAUUUGGAGAUUUGAAUAGCAGAUUUCCUAGAAAGAAUCUGAAAUUCAGAAAUUAAAAAACAAUUUCAAUGCCGAAUUUUCAGAAAAUAUUUCUUGAACUGAAAAACUGAAGAUGUUUCAAAAUUUGAACUUUUUAAAUUCCCGCCAAUAUUUUUUUAUCGCGAAUUAUGAGACUUUGGAAAAUUCUGAAUUACAUUAAGAUUUUCAAAUGAUUUUUUACCGAAAAAUCCACGUGGAAAUAGAAAAUUGAAUAAAAAAUCAUAAAUUCAAAAAAAAAUCAAAAGUCCUAUGAAAUUCAACAAUUUCAACGAAGAAAUUGGAAUUUAUCCAAGUUUCCUUUCAAAAUAUCCCUCCAAUUUCUCUCAGAUUUCUGGCGAAGAUUAUUAUGGUUCCGAAACCGCAACAUGGCCCGAAAUAUUACAAUCAAUGCUUGAUUCCACAAGUGUUCUUCCAAAACCAUCUUCAAUAUUCGCCCCAGUUUUCUCAGCUUUUGGCGCCAUUUUUUGGUAUCUUCGCGACAGUUUUAUCGAUGUUGAUAUGCUUUCGAUGAGAAAUUUUGAAAAAUACGAAGUUUAUGCUGGAGAAAAUCAAAAAGAAGUUCAAAAACCCGAGGAAUUCACCUGGAAAGAUAAACAUUUGAUCUUGGAUGGAACUGCUGUUGAAAAUCUGAAUAUUGUUCCGAAUUUCCGCGAUUCUCAACAAUCUUCGCUGUUUUACGUGAUCAAUAAAUGCUCGACGAAUUUUGGAAGAAGAUUAUUGAGAAAUUGGUUGCUCUUACCGAUUUGUGAUCCCAAAAAAUUGCGGGAAAGACAGGAGGCUGUGCGAUUUUUGUGCCAACCGGAAGCGACUAAUUUUGUGGCCACAGCUGGAAGUGUUUUGAAGAAGAUUCCCGAUUUGGAGAGAUUGAUGCAAAAGUAAGAGAAACAAAGGGUUUUCGGGAUAUUCACCCCUGACUUUGAAAAUUCGAGCAUUUUUUGAUCUAGGAAUAAGGUUUGGGCAUAUCUAGAGGUUUUGUUUUUUUUUUCGUAAAUCCAAUCUAAUGAGCCUAUGAAGAAUAAUAUUUUGUAAUAAAAAUUUUUUUUUUUCAAUGCAGAAAAACGUCGAAAAAACAAAAUAAACAGUUUAUUAUUUUCGAGUAGAGACAAUACGAAAUCGAGAGAGUGCAGACAUACAAAUAGUUUCUUGUAUUUUUUGUUCGAAAAAUUAAUUAUUUUGUCUGCGCUCAAUUUCACGUUGUCUCUACUCAAAAUAAUAAACUUUUUAUUUUUUUUCGACGUUUUUUCUGCAUAGGAAAAAAAUUUUUUAUUAAAAAAUAUUUCUCUGCAUAGGCCCAUAAAAUUUCGUUUUUUUUUUUUGCGAAAAACCCCAGAAAAACUUAAUUUCAAACUUAAAGUUCAUUGAAUCCCCACUCCAGAGUUUAAAAAAUUAUGAUAUUUCUUCAAAAAUCCCCAAUUUUUCUGCAGAAUCCACACAAUUGGCCUAAAAUACCGUGCUGAAAAACAUCCAGACAGUCGAGCUGUUUUCUUUGACACUCUCAAAACGAAUCAGCGAAAAAUCCAGGAAUUGUUGGCCACCAUUGAUGGUUUCAAAAUGUGCAAUCGAUUGAGAAAAGAAUAUUUGAAUAUUCAACAAGAAGGAGAAGGUUGUGAAUUAUUGGAUGAUUUAUUGGGAAAUGAGAAAGAUAUGAAGGAAGUUGAUGAGAAUAUUGAGUAUUUUGAAGUGAGGAUUUGGAGGGAAAAAUUGGGGAAUUAGCUAAAGAUAUGUAAAAAAAAAUAUGAAAAAUGACCUAAUCUAAGUCAAGUUAUGAAUAUGAAAAUUGACGCUUAAAAAUCCACGUGGCAGAAUUUAGAGCCUAUUAAAGUUCUAGUUUAAAUUUUUUAAAUCUAAAAUUUAAUGAGCUACUUGCCCCCACACAAAAAUUAGAGGUCAAGUUUUAAAAAAAAAUUCAGAAACAUAUAUAAUUUAUUUUGUUUUUGUGAUUCAAAAAUCAAACAGGACAACAAGCUGGGUGAGAGUUGAUGAAUAUUUUGUUCAUAUUGAAUUCAAUAUUAUCUUCGGUUGAUAAUUUGUAGUUUUGAGAAUUCAAAAACGUAUUAUUCUAAAACCCCAAUUUCCAGCCGUCUUCCUCUUCGUCUACCAAAUCAUCCACCACAGUUUCCCCACCACCACCAACUCGCUAUCAAAAUCAAAAACCCGACAUUUUCCGAAAUGCCAACGAGGAUUCCGACAACUCUCCGGUUUUUCGAAAUUAA